CGUACCCCGUGUAACGCUGUUGGCAUUCCAAACGUCAAGCAACACUCUGUAUUAAUGAGUUCUGGCUUUCUAUUUCAGUGGAAAGAGCACAUCUAUCAUAGCUUCAUAGGAAGCUCGCAGUCUUAUCAACACCGUCGUGAGAUUUAUAUUCACAAAGUCUCAUCUGCCAAAAACCUGGUGAGCAACACCCUAAUAUUAUGAAGACUGGUCGUGCCCUUUGCUCACCUGGGCUGCAAACGACGAAUAAUCGUGAAUCGUCAAUUUCGUUUUUAUAAGGAUUGUCGCGCAGUGCCCUGUUGGCAAAAACGGAAUAUGGCCACCGUGUAUCUCACAUAUACAGACUGACUCCUCCUAGGCUUUGGCCCAUCAUAGUGUCAUAUAUUUCGGCUCGAAUUGAGUCUUGACAACCCGGAAAACCUCACCCAAGCCCCGGGGUAGGAUCUGCUUUCGAAGGGUGGCACGCUGAUAAGAUGUGGAAGCAUCAAUGUCAUGUAUCCUUCCGAUUUAGAGCAGUGACGCAUUUGUGACCUAACCAUCAAUCCCUUCGUGUAUGCGGAGGCCUGUCCAAGCAAUUAGCUCUUGAUAUGAGAAUGGAAAAUAGGAAUAUUGACAUAGGGUAGCAACUUGAACUUCUGAGGAAGCAGGAAACCUGGAAUAUCGUAGGCUCCACGUCUACAGCUCGAAUUUUGGGGCCCUAAAGCUGAUGUUGGCAUCAAUAGCCUACUUCAUCUAAUUCUGCGUGAAAGGAUCGCAUCGCACUACAGUCUCUCGGCAUACUUGCAGAUACCCAGUAUAGCCAAAAGCUUCUCAGCUCUUUCAUCAGCAUCUUCGACUCGCCGUUACUUUAUUUGAUCAAGAGACAUUUUUAAUAAUCCAUAUUGCUUUGUGUUGAUUGAUAGCAUUGCACUUUCCGAGAAGUCCUCCGAAGUUCAAACUUUAUCACCAUCGAACUCUAAAGUAAAGGGCAGUAUUUCACUGCCCAAUACCAUUCACUUCAAUCCAUUCGAGAGAACAUUGAUUCUAUUUUUUGACAUUGGUAAUCUUGGUUAAACCAUUCACAAUUGGGGAUUUUCUUGAGAAUAUUGAGAAUUCUUACAGGAGAGACAGUGCAGCUUCGACAGCUUGUUCUCGUAUCUUUUCUUUUCGAAUAGCACGUACUGAAGCUUUGUCGCACGUGAGAAUCUGUUCCACGAUUAAAAGUUUCAAUAUGGAUCCUCUACCCGCAUACCAUGAAAUCAACAAAGAUGUUGUAAUGCUCGUCGCCCCAUAUCUUGACACUCCCGAUCUUUACUCUGGAUGUCUCGUCUGUUCUCAUUUCAAUCGGAUUUUUGGGAAUUAUCUUUGGGCCAACCCGUUCAGAAACUUAACUAACAGAAUUAAGCCGUGUGGUAAGGGCCUAAUCUUAUUAGUUCUAUCGAGAAGUUCACUGACUAGACCCAGAAAUUGUUUCGCGUUUCAUAUUUGCCUCCAACUGUCAUGAUCCUGAAAUCCUUAAGAGAGUUCGAAUCCUCGACAUGCGUGCACUACAUGAGAUCAAGCGCGAUAGAGCCCACACUAGCGAUUACAUCAUAUUUGGGACCUACCUGAAGCCGGAGUUGUUCUUCAAACUCUCCAAGAACUUCCCCAACCUCAAUUGCGUCCUUCUCGCACCUACAUGCUCCGAGGAUUACGGCACAUUUCAUGGCGCUGACCUGCCAAGUGAAUAUAAUGACGUACCGCAACUGGAGUUCUUGAGCGCGGCUGGUUGUACUACCUUCAACUGCUCCCUCAUUCUUCGCCAAAACAUUACCAAGUAUCUGAUCUAUCUUGAUGCAUCCGGAACUGCCCGCAGUCCAAACUGGAAAGCCUUGUUUACCAUCGAGAACCUUCCGAACAUUAGGAUUUUGAAAUUAAGAGGAUUGAGACUCAUGGAUACCAUGUUACCUCCCAUAGUUACCAACUCUAGACGACAGAUUUGGUCUUUAGAUCUCCGUGACAAUCUCUUGACCGACAGUCUCAUUUUUUCACUAUUACGAAGCUGCUUCCUCGAGCGAUUUCCACAUAUUACACAUGGUCCACUCCGGGCAGCCGACGAGUGCCUAUUCGAACAUCCUCCAAUUUAUCGUGAGGUUAACGAAGGUGCUGACCCUAUUCAUACCACCAUGACUACACUCCGCCCUGAUACCAUCAAGCUAGUUGAGUGGUCCACUUCAGGAGGACUCGCACUGAAUAUCCUUGAGCGAAAGAACAACGUCGAAGAUAACCUCAAGAUGGUUACAGGCCUUACUCACCUCUAUGUCUCCAACAAUAAGUUUACAGACCUAGGGAUACAGUAUCUCCUUGCUGGCACCAAUACUCUUCAAGUCCUAGACGUCGGCUCUGUCCGCACAAGUCUAGCACCAGAAGCUGCUACUGAUGUUGACGUCUACGCACAAGAACACACUAUAAGUUUCCUCUCUCGACAGUGGCAACCCCAUCUAGAAGUUCUGCGCAUUCAUCACUCUAUUGUGACAUGCUAUCCUUCGGUCGUAAGAUCACGCAACAGAUACGACGACAAAGAAGCAAUCUCGAAGAUCAAGAUCGAAGAAAUAUGCAAAAUGAGACUAGAAAAACAAUGCUCUCCCUUCGAUCCUCACAAUAACCCAAGACUUUGCUCUCUAACCCUCACAUCCAUCCCUCGCAAAUCAACCCUGGAGCUCCUCCUAGCGUUGAAGUAUUUUCUCAUGACACUUGAAGCACAAGAAGUUAAGAUCCGCCAUGCGCGCGAGAACGUCAAGAGUCGACGUGCUCCUCUCUUAUAUCCUGGACUUAGAAAACUUACAUUGGAAUUCUUACCCGAGGAACAUAUUGUUCGACCUUCAGAAGCUGGAUCGGUCACGGGUGAUGGAGAUGCGGAUAGUUAUUACGAGGAAAUGGCAAACGAUUUCUCGUUUUUAAAUCAGGAGAAUAGUCGGAUGCCAACUAGGAAACAACAGGAGGAGAUUGGGGUGGUGCCUAGAGUUGAUGUUGUGGAGGAAUUGAAAAAAUGGAGAAAACAUGAAGUUGGACGCUGGACUGGGGAAUUGAGGAUUGUGUUGUUUUAGCCUGAUGGGGUUUUGGUGGGGAGGGAGAAGGGAAGGAUUAUUUAUACCUU